UACUUCAGUCGAGUGCUGGUACCAGGUGGUCUCGUGAAAGCAAUGAUUAAUGUUAGAACACUCCUACCAACUUCUGACUGCUAGAAAAUGGAGACAAGUCAAUGACAUUGUGUACGGAAUAUUCGUCCUAAUCUCUUACCUUGCUUAGGAUUGUGCAAACUAUAAUCUAAUAAACAUAAGUACCUGGACUGUUGCCAAUCAUAUGAUCAAUCUCAACCAGCUGAGAAGGUUUCUUAUCAUCUGGAAGUUUCAAUUUUCUGGUGCUAACGUGCAACGAUUGUCAUGUAUCGCUCGUAUGCUCACUGGUUGUUUUGGACUAUAUUUAUAACAGGUAUCUGUAGCAGUUUGGAACUAGAAGGCCCAACGUUUGUUGUCGAACCUCCUUACACUGUGGAAUUUUAUAAUACCAAAGGUACUCAGAUUCCUUGUACAGCUCGUGGUAAACCUACACCUCAUAUAACAUGGUUAAGAAGGGCUGGAGGUACUGUGAUUGAUAUACCUGGAUUGCGACAAGUGCGACCGAAUGGAUCUCUUGUAUUUUUAGCAUUCAAUGCUGAUGAUUACAGACCUGACAUCCACACGGCUGUAUAUAGAUGUAUCGCUACAAAUAUUCUAGGCACUAUUGGAAGCCGAGAUGUUCACGUCCGAGCAGUAUUAGCGCAACAGUACGAGAUCCGAGUAUACGAUGAGUUUGUUAUAAGGGAUAAUACAGCUGUAUUAAAGUGCAGUAUUCCGAGUUUUGUUAGAGAUUUCGUGACUGUUAAAUCUUGGUAUAGAGAAGAUGGCUUGGUCAUUCAGUCAGAUGGAAUACAAGGAGGAAAAUACAGUGUGUUUCCUUCGGGUACUCUUCACAUUCGAGAUGUUACACAACAAGAUGGAUUUCGAGAUUACAGAUGCCAGACAAAUCACCGAGUUACUGGGGAGACAAAACAAAGUGCAGCUGGACAACUUAUUGUCACAGAACCGCACAACUCGGUACCACCAAGAAUCACGCAUAGGGAAGAAGAAGUAAAAUGCAGGAGAGGACAGAUGGCAUUACUACCAUGUGCUGCGGAGGGUUUUCCUGUCCCCACAUAUUUAUGGUACCAGCAGAAAGCAGGUCGUCUUCAACCUUUACGUUUAGGACAACGAUUCCACCAGAUGGGAGGGACAUUAGUAAUACGGAGAACGAUAGUGGAAGACAGUGGAAAGUAUGUCUGUCUGGUGAACAACAGUGUUGGACAAGAGCGAUUAGAAACACAGUUGAUUGUUAUGGCGCCGUUAUCAGUUAGAAUUACUCCUUCACAACAACUGGUAGCUGUAGGUCAUUCGGCGAUGUUCAACUGUACAGUUGAGGGUCAUCCAGUACUAGGUGUUGCCUGGACUAAAAACGUGCGCCCACUAGUCACCAACCAGAGAGUCAAGUUAAUGUCCAGUAACAUUUUGUCUAUCACCACAAUAGAAAGAGGCGACAAAGGAAUUUACCAAUGCUUUGCUCAUAAUAAGUUCGAUUCUGCUCAAGCAUCUGCCCAAUUAUUUUUAGGAGAUGAACCUCCAACUUUAGAGGAAACUUUCUCCGAAAGAACCGUCCAACCUGGUUCCUCUGUUUCUCUAAAAUGUAUGGCCACUGGAAGUCCACUUCCUCAAUUGACUUGGACUUUGGAUGGUUUUCUUUUACCAGAAUUUUUAAGAUAUCGUGUAGGUGAUUAUGUUACACGCGAUAGUAGAGUAAUUAGUUAUGUUAAUAUAACAUCAGUCAGACCGGAAGAUGGAGGUUUAUUUAUGUGCGUUGCGAAAAAUGAUGUUGGAUCUUCUGCUCAUUCGUCAAGACUUAAUGUAUUUGGACCUCCUUCGAUAAGACCAAUGUCUAACAUAACUGCACUUGCUGGAACCACUUUGAUUAUUCACUGCCCUGCCGGAGGUUAUCCACUCAGCAGUAUUACAUGGGAACGAGAUAACCGACAACUUCCCCAGUCGCACAGACAGAACGUGUAUCCUAAUGGAACAUUAAUUAUCCAAGAAGUCAACAAAAAAGGCGAUGAAGGAAAAUACACGUGUAUAGCCUAUAAUAAACUUGGAGUAAAAGCGCAGAGAGAUCUAUUUGUCGAAGUUAUGGUCGGACCAAAAAUCGAGCCAUUCAGCUUCCCUCGCAAUUUAGAAGAAGGUAUGCGAAGCAUAGUGAUAUGUGCAGUUCUGUAUGGUGACCCCCCGAUUGCUAUUAACUGGUUGAAAGACGGCGAAGAAUUGGGUGCUGAAUUGAAUGCCCGGAUAGAAAUGAUUAAUGACUUUACGUCUUCAGUGACGUUUAAUUCCAUAGGUCCACACCACAACGGUAACUACACAUGUGUAGCCAGAAAUGCUGCAGCAGUCGUCAAUCAUACAGCUUUGAUGGUUGUCAGUGUUCCUCCUUUCUGGAAGAGUGAACCUUCGGAUAAAGAAGCGAUAAUGGGGGAAAGUAUAAUGAUUGAUUGUCAAGCUAACGGAUUUCCUUCGCCUCAAGUUCGAUGGAAAAAGUUUCAGGGGGAAACGGCUGGUGAUUUCCGCACGGUGAUCAGCAAUCCUCAUAUCCAGACGUUAGAGAAUGGAUCACUGGUAAUUACAGAAGUGGAACUUGCUGACGAUGGUCAAUAUAUGUGUCAAGCCACGAAUGGUGUAGGCCCAAGUCUCAGUUCUGUUGUACGUCUUAUUGUUCACGUUCCUGCUCACUUCAGAAAUAAAUUCAAAUCUACUACAAUUCGAAAAGAUGAGACUGUUCAAUUGAAAUGCGAAGCGUAUGGAGAAAGACCUUUAACAAUUUCUUGGAUGAAAGAUAGACAAAACUUUAAUCCUAGGUCUGAUCCAAGAUACAGCGACAAAGAAACAAUUCUAGAAAAAGGCAUGACUUCGGAACUGACUAUUAUAUCCGCUAAUCGAAGAGAUUCAGCACUCUUUACUUGCACAGCCGCAAAUGAAUAUGGAAAAGAUGAAACUAAUUUUCAAGUUUUAGUUCAAGAAAAGCCAGACAGUCCAAGAAACGUGGAAGUAAAGGAUGUUACUAGUCGAACGGUUACAGUUUCAUGGGUUCAUGCCUAUACUGGCAAUCUUCCUUUAAUCAAUUAUAUCGUACAAGUUAAGCGACAGGAUGAACAAUGGACAGAUAAAACCAAGUCUAUGAGUGUUGUUAAUUCUGAAACAGCAGCUGUUGUCAGAAAUCUAAAUCCCGUUACAACGUAUAAUUUUCGAGUUAUCGCCGAAAACAGUUUGGGAAAAAGUAACCCUAGUGAUACCGUAUCUGCUACAACUAGUGAAGAAGCACCAUCUGCUCCUCCUGUUGACAUUCAGCUCGAACCACUCACGUCUACAUCUUUUAAAAUAACAUGGCUUCCACCGCCAGAAGACUCCAGACAAGGUUCUAUUAAAGGCUAUUAUUUGGGUUACAAAAUACAAAGAUCUGGAGAAGAAUAUGUUUACAAGACAUUAGAAACAUCGGCGAAUCAGAAACAAGAAUACAUCCUAAACAAUCUAAGAAGAUCCACCCAAUACGCUAUUAAACUUCAAGCAUUUAAUAAAGCAGGACCUGGACCCGCAUCCGAUGAUGUCUUGGGACAAACAUUAGAAUUCGAUCCUCCAAGUGCUCCUAUCAUCAAGAGCGUUUCCGCAUCUGCUACAACAGUUCACCUAAAAUGGGAGAUUGAAGAUAAUAUUCCAAUAACAGGAUAUAUACUGAAAUAUAAGGAGGAUAAAAGUGAUUGGAACGAACAUCCGUUACCUCCAGAAGAUUCUUCUUAUAUUUUAGAACAAUUGAGAUGUGGUACAAGAUACCAGAUACAACUUACAGCGUAUAACAAUGCAGGACAUGGAGAACAAAGCGAUACGUUAAAUGUGAAAACUGAAGGAACUGCACCAGUAGCUCCAGACAAGUAUUCAUUUUUGUCCAUUAAUUCGACAUAUGUAAUAUUAUAUCUAUCGGCAUGGCAAAACGGCGGAUGUCCUAUUUUAUCUUUUAUUGUGCAAUAUAAACAACAAAGUGACUCUGAAUGGUUUCUGGUAUCAAAUAAUGUCCUACCUGAAAGAGGUGUGUUAAUGUUACCAGAUCUCAAUCCAGCUACUCGUUACAAUUUGCUCAUGACUGCCCACAAUGACGCCGGUUCUACCGAUGCUGAAUAUGUUUUUGCAACUUUAACUUUAACAGGAGCAACUAUACCUCCCCUGAUACCACAAAUUGGUACAGAUCGCAGACUUUACAAGCAUCUGAGUAUUAUAGUUCCAGUAGUUUGUGCCGUAGUUAUCGUUAUCGUCGUAACGAUUGUUAUUUGUGUACUGCACACUAAACGGCAUCAACCAAACAGAGUGAGAGGACCACAUGACCAAGGAGACAACCAGUGUCGACAGGUUCAGAAAGGAGAUACGCUUUCCAUGACAGUUAUGGGUAAGAAACCUCACGGAGGUACAACUUAUGAAGUGCCAAAAGAUUUUGUUUAUUUUCCUUCACCUUAUGCUACAACUCGGGUACCUGGAUGUCCUAUAGAUGACGUUAGCGAAUGUGAUAGUCUUCAUUCAAGUCGGACUCCGAGUGAACCACACGGAAGUCAUACGUAUGAUGUUCCUUUUCCAGUCAGAAAGACAGAACCCGAAGAACAGUAUUCGAGGAUUAAAAGAGUACCAGUACCUUCAGUGCCAACAAAAAAUGAAUAUCAACUUCCACAAUUUCCUGAAUAUGACAAGCGCGUCAAUCAUUGGUUAUACCAAAGGAGCAGACCUAUAUCAGAACCUGGUUAUCCGUCGCAAGUUCCUUCUCCUUACGUUAGCAGAUGGUCAGCAGGUUAUAGAUUGACCUCUAAAGAACGGCAGAUUAGCACAAUUCCUUGUGACAACGAAGGAAUGUGUUUUACUGAAGAGGAAAGUGACUUGGAGCAUAUCCAUUCAAAGCAAGAUGAUGAUGAGGAUGGUCACGAAAUUUCUGAAGCUGAAUGUGAUAGAGAAAUUAAAGAAUUCACAGGAAAAAAGUGUGACAAGGGCUUAAGAGUUGCCAUGCCUCCUGAGUGUAUUCAACAUGUUGCGAAUCCUGUGGCCGUCCACUAAUGGAUAUUUAAAUGACGGACGAAGACGACUACGAUAGUUGAGAAAUUGCAAAAAUAUAUUCUAGUGAUUUUAAACGACAAUAGAAAUACAGUAUAUAUAAAUAUAUAUACAUAAAAAGUUUUAUAUUUAUUUAUCCUGAAUGGGGAAAUGUUUUCUAGAUGUACCAGGAACUGUUAGAAAAAAAAUUAUAUUGUAUGUAGAUUUAAAUAUCUUAAGAUGGGGUUUGUAUGAAAAUGUAUCAUUUUAACAAGAUGUAAUAUUUAUUUCCCUAAAUGACAAAUAAAUUAUCGCCCUUGGAACAUACUCCUGCCAAAACAGUUCCCAUAUUUUCCUCUAAUUUAUAUAUGCAUUGUGAUGUUAAAAAUCAUUCAGGACUGUUUUUAAUAAUAAUAAUCCUCAAUAUUAAACUUUACCAAAGAGUAUUUUAACCAGAUUGUUGUAAUAUUUUGUUUGUAAUAAUAAUAAUUAUUAUUAUAAUUCUAACUAAAGAAAAGACUAUUUAAGAAGAAACAAUAAACAAAUUUUAAAGCUAUAAUA